AUGGUUGACUCGGAGAAAGGCAGUAGUCAUGCCUCAAGUGCUUCACAAAUAUCGGUUUUGAAGGAUAUGGACCUAGUGAACUGGUUGGAAAAGAAGUUGAACGAUGCCGGAGUGUGGUCCGGACGUAUGACCGCUUCAAUGCUGUCCAGAGAGAUGGUUGAGGAGUUGGAGACAUGUUUCCAGGCGAUUGAUGUACAAACGAAACUGAAAAUUAUAUGCUGCAUACCUCACAUGAACCCGCGCAAGCUGAGCACCAUUCAUAAUGCUCUCACAACACUUCUUGAUCUAGCCAGUAAAGAUGCUGAUGACUGGGUUGAAACUAUAGCAGAUAUGUACAGGGACAUAACUUCUACUGGAGUCAUAAUACCAGUUUCUUCCAAUAAAGACUCCCAUUUCGCCAAAACCUUGGAUGAUUUGACCAAAUGCUUUCAAAGGCAUUCAGAAGCUGGUAACCUCAAACUUUCUCCUGAGGGCCACAAUGUAGCACAUGCUUCAGUCAAUAAGGCCAGCUUUGGAGCUGCUCCAGAACUUGAGAAAUGUUUUAUACUUCGAAAGAAGCCAAAAUCCUUCAAUCUUUCUAAUGAAAUGACAAAGCGUGAGUUCUAUCUUUGUAUUCACCUUGUACGCGGUUAUAUUUUUGCCACUUCGUAUGUCUUUAUUUCUAUAUUGUUUUGCACUUUAUUUUUGGACAAAAAAUUCUUUGCCGCUGGUGGUGGUAAAAAUCCGAGGCUUGCGUAG